AAAGCUUCCGUUUUGAAUUUAGUUUGUCACAUUAAUCCUGGUGUCACAUUUGAAUCAUUGAAAAUAUAUGUUCAAGUCAAAUAAAAUGGAUGGAUCAAAUACCCUUGUAUUUCUUGGAACAUUGUGUGGCUUAGUUGUGGUGUGUGUAGGUACCAGUGGCAUCAGUGGCACUAAAAAUGACUUGAUCAGGGAUUUGGAUGGAAUGCUGGAAGGAGACGAGAAAAAGGCGGCAGAUGGAGCCAUCAGCCUUCACGAUGAAGACACCAUGGAUCGGCUGGCGGCAAUGCGGAUGGCCCAGGCAACCGUGGGCGGCUCUUUAUUCGGGGACAGAAGGGCGGGUCAUGCGGAAGAAGAACCAAAAAGAUGGUUUAAAUCUUGCUGGUGGUGCGGGGGUAGUGGGAAAAAAGCAGCAAAACCAAAACAGACAUCCAUCAAUAAGUUAAGUACCUGGAAUCACGGUGACAAUGAAGUUAGCAGCGAAGGGGUCCAGAGGAACAGCGUACUCCGAAACCUUUACAAAAUAAUGGCCAUGCAAAGAAGGCCGCAUGACGCGCAAGCGGGUAUAUACAGACGUGGUCUCCCAUCCUGGAUGUACAAGUCCAAAAACCAGUACGGCUGGUGGUUCGGAGACGGCGGUAAAGUAAUAGAUGGCGCUCAAGAGGACGACGGUCCCAUAAUCGACAAUACCGGAAACAUCCUCUCCCGAUGAAAACAAUGCUUACUCACAAGAAUGUCCUUGAACUCCGUCAGUAUAUUUUGGUAUAAUAUGUGUGCAUUUGUAUGGUCAAGUCAAUCUUAAAUAUACACAAUUGGGUUAAAACUUGUGUUAUGAACAGUUUACAGCGCUUGCCUUUUUAUCUUUGUUAAUAGUGUCCGUUCGCAAAUAUCACAGAACUAACGGUUGGACAUGCAUUAUAUAAUUUCGUGGAUUAAAUGCUUUCAAUAGUAACUGCAUGUAUUUUGAAAAGAGACACUAGUGGAAUAUUGAACUGACGUCUGGGUAUAUGCACGAGCAUAAUGUACAGCAUAGCAUUGAAUACACGUGGCUGUUUUUUGUUUUGUUAUUUCGUAUGUUUAAUUUUGCAAAUAUGUUCAUGAGAUAAAAGUUG